AUGUCCAAAGCUACCUUAUCGAAGGAAUAUAUAUCUGAUUCUGAAUCUGAAUCAGUUCAUGAAGAUGAUAGCCCUGUUCAAUCAUUUGAAGUUCCCAAACAAUUCAAAAAAAUUGAAAAUUUAAAAAAAUUUCCAACCUCCAAAAAAUUAAAAGAAAAUAAAGAAGAACUAUGGCUAAUUAAAGUUCCAACCACUUUGGAUAUCUCUACUUUAAAAACUUUACCGAUUAAUAAAGACUCAAAAUUAUCUUCAGUUAUUGAGUUAAAAGGUGAGAAGAGAUCUAAUAAAGCUUACUCUAUCAGCGAGUCUGUUGUUCAACAUGAAGGUAGUGACAGCAGCAAUUUUUCAUUGCUAGUUCCAGACGAAGAAAGAACUUCAUUAAAAUUAAGUAAUAAGAAUAAAUCCUUAAACUUUGAUAGAGUGUUUACAAUUAAUGAAAUGGUAAAAAUUCCUGAAAUUGCAUAUGAUAAAAUUAGAGUUCCUCGUGAAAAUGUUGUUAAACCUAAAAAUUUAACUUUGAAACAUUUUGCAACUGGUUAUUCAGCAAGUGACUUUGGCCUAGAAGAUGAACAAUCUAACAAAUCGAAGAAACGUAAAUCAUCUGAUGUAAUAAAUGAAGAAACUCACAAGGAAGAACAAACUCAAAAAGAAGAACCUGCUACAAAAAAGAAAAAGGAAAAGAAGGAUAAGAAAGAUAAAAAGAAGAAGAAGAAGGAAAAAAAUAAAUUAGAUACAGAUAACAGUCGAGUAUCGUGA